CUUGCAUUUUCAUCUCCGGCCGGCGCACUCCCCCGAGGUCCUCUAGUCGGCGCGUCCCCCAGCGAAGGAGGAGAUGGAGAUGUUUGCCGUUUUCCCCGCGGAAGCUCCGCUGCAGCAAGAGCCCGGAGGGGCCCCGAUGCCUGCCGCCGCCGCCCCGUUGCCUGCCGCUGCCCCCCGGCCGCUGCUUCCUCCUACUCCCCCCGAGGACCCGCUGGAGAAAGUGAAGCGCCCCAUGAACGCCUUCAUGGUGUGGUCGAGCGCGCAGCGGCGCAAGAUGGCCCAGGAGCACCCCAAGAUGCACAACUCUGAGAUCUCCAAGCGCCUGGGCGCCGCCUGGAAGCUGCUGGCCGACGCCGAGAAGCGGCCCUUCGUCGACGAGGCCAAGCGCCUCCGGGCUCUGCACAUGAAGGACUAUCCCGACUACAAGUACCGGCCCCGGCGCAAGGGCGGAUCCGGGCGCGCCCGGGACAAGGGCGCAGCGGCCUCGCCGGGAGCCUUUCCGUGCGCCUCGACGGCCGAG